CAGACGGACAGCAUACCUGGUAGACUUGGCAACACUGGGCGUCUCCAAACUCCGCGGGGCUUGAAGAGCAAGUUGGUGGAGUCAUCGUGGAUCUCGUCGAGAACCGACCGCAGAACCAGAACCAGCUCCACGGCCAAGGAGGACAAGCCGUCGACGUGAAGAGGGGCACACGGGACCAUCAACAUGAGCAGAUGUCUGAUUAGCCAGUCGGAGGUGCAAGGCUUCAUCGAGAGGUGUAUGACGGCCGUGGGCACCAAGCCGCACCAUGCUCGCAGCCUGGCCAUGGUGCUGGUGGAAGGAGACCACAGGGGCCACUACAGCCAUGGACUCAACAGGAUGGACAUGUACGUAAAGGACAUCCAGACAGGAAUCUGUGCCAAGGACGGUGAGCCGGUGGUGGAGAAGGAGAGUGCUGCCACAGCGCUGGUGGAUGGGAAGAACCUCCUGGGUCCCGUGGUGGGAAACUUUUGCAUGAAUAUGGCCAUAAAGAAGGCCAAAGAAGUCGGCAUCGGCUGGGUGGUGGCACACGGUUCCAAUCAUUAUGGUAUUGCCGGAUACUACGCAAUGCAAGCUCUGAAGGAAAACAUGAUUGGCAUGUCAUUUACCAACACGUCCCCACUGGUGGUUCCUACACGUGGUAAAGAGUGCACGUUGGGCACCAACCCUAUUAGUAUGGCAGCUCCCGCUAAAGACGGAGACAGCUUUGUUCUGGACAUGGCCACGUCAGCAGUAGCGCUUGGAAAGGUGGAGCUCCACGAGCGGCGCGGAGACCUCAUCCCUGAGGGCUGGGGCUGCGACGCUGAGGGAAAGUUGACAACAGACCCCAAGAGAGUCCUGAGUGGAGGAGGACUGGUGCCCAUUGGUGGCAGUGAAGCCACAGGAGGAUACAAAGGCUACGGUUUGGGAAUGAUGGUGGAGGUGUUCUGUGGUAUCUUGGCCGGUGCCACGUACAGCAAACACGUGCGCACGUGGAAAGUAACGGACCGUGUUGCUGACCUGGGCCAGUGCUUUGUGGCGAUUAACCCAGAGAACUUUGCGCCCGGGUUCAGCGACAGGAUGUCAGACCUGCUGUCCAUCCACAGAGGAAUGGAUCCUGCUGACGCUGACGCUCCCGUUUUGGCUGCUGGAGACCCCGAGAGGAUAAACAUGAAGAAGUGUGAAGAGAUGGGCGGGAUUUCCUACCACAUCAAUGUCGUCAACUACAUGAAUGAAUGUGCUAAGAAAAUUGGCGCCAGCCCGCUGCUGCCAUGUGACAAGGUCAUCUCCAAUUAAAUGCUCCAGUCAAGAUUCUCAACCUUGGAAAUUCGGCACCUUUGCUGUCUUUUAGCUCACACCGAGCAAUUUGGGAAUGCUGUUUACACACCUUAUAUACUGCAUGUUGACAGUCUUAUUUAAUUCAUUUUAACCACGCUUGUCAGGUAUUUUAAUCUUUUUAAACUUCUUAAAGGUUUCAAUGAAAAAAAUAUGAAUUAAAUUAAAGUACUGAAAUUUGUAACAUAAUAGGGAAAAAAAUUCUUUUUAAGGGACCCUUUGAAAAAAAAUUUAAUUUUUUUUUUUUUUUGUCUCAAGAUACUGUAUCUGCAGACUUCAAAAUCUAAAUGUAACCGUGUCUUCAAGAUGCUGUAUCUCUGACAUUGAAAUAUGCACAUUCUUGAAGCACUUGUAAGAAAUAGGUUUAUGACUGAUCUGUGGCUGGAUAUUAAGGAGCUAAGAAACACUCACUGUGGUUUGUUGUCCUUAACUUGACAGUUGGGUUGUCCCUGUUAGUGAGCCAUUUUACUUUGCUCCAGCUGUAAGGCAGUGCAAUUUUAUAACUGUCCAAUGACGGCUAGUAAUGAUGCAAUAAUUGUUUUUAAAUAUAUAUUUUUUUAGUGCUGAAAAGCAUUUUAACUGACCGUGGGGACUGUAUUUUGCUACCUUCAUAAACCUCAGUUUUUCAUUUUACUAUAAGGUCAUCAGACGCCAUCAUUCUUAUGUGCCUUAUGAAAUAAAAGCCAUAAGAUCCUAAACUUGUAUUUCUAUGCAUUAAUGCUAUGCAUUUAUCAACAUCUCUAUCUACAAAACAAGAACCCUUAGGCAUGUCAACCACCAGAUGGCGAAGUGAGCUACACAUUUUUAAUGUAACUCCAUUUGUGAAAGCUCAUGGUGAAUUCAAUAUACUGUAUACCUUAGUAAUUUAAGUAGUUUAUGUAAGUAUCUUAUAUAAAACAGAGGUAUUAAAACAGUACUUAAUUUGAUGAAUAUGCAUCAAACUUAUCUAUAUUGUUUUACGUCAUAAGUAGCUAAAUAACAAUAUAAUCAAUUUUACUGUACUUUCAACCAGUCUUGAAAUACGUAAAAUAAUUUUGAUGUCAGCUUUACUAAACAUUAUUGGUGAUUUUAUGUUAGUUAAAAUGUAUUAUAUCCUUUAAACCUAUUUUCAAAUCGACCAAUUCUUUUUUUUUUUUAAUUGCUUUUCCUUUAUCACGGGAGUGUAAACCUUGGUUACCGGUCAUACGAUCUGUUUAUUGUGACACAGCUGUUCCUUAAUAUGUUCAUGUUCAAAUUCCCUAUCCGGUUUAUUUUCGAGCAAAAUCCGACACACCCGCAAUUAGACUUUACCCAGAUAUGAAGAUGCAGCUGGUGUAUGCGGGCCCUGAGGUCAGAGAGGUUGAAAGCCCUGAUGCAGCUUGCAUGUAAGAUUUGUUUCUACCACUAGAUGGAGACACAGUCUGGGUAAACUCCUGGGUUUUGAUUGUCAGUUCUCUGGAAAGCGAAUUUUUCUACACAUUUCAUUUGUUCUGUAAUGCUGGUAUUGUUUAUUAUGUAGUAUGCAGUUUUACAUAUUUUGUUUUGAUGUUUACUUCAUUUCAUAAAAACGAUACUACCAGGUGUUCCAAGUUGCCAUGGAAAUAGAAAUACAUAACAUCUCUUCUUUGAAACUAGAAGAUAAAUAACAACUCACCUAAAUUUCGACAGACUAGUUCUGUGCACAGACUGGAUCCUAUUAUAGUUUUGAAUGUCCAUAUGAGUGUGUACACAGAUGGGUGCACAUGAAAUAAAUGCA